AUGUAUGGAUACCUCCGGGAAACCGAUGAUUCCACAGCAAUCAACUAUUCGGCAUAUGGAAAAUUUUUGCCGGGAGAGAACACAGGAUUCCAGUUGUUGACAAUCGGAGCCAAAUUCCUUCGUAUCUUCCGAGUGAAUCCAUACGUAUUGAAAGAACCAGGAGAAGAUAGUGAUGAGUGGCAACAGAAGACAAAGUUGGAGUGUAUGUUCUCAUGCAGAUUACUCAAUAAAUGUCUCUCGGUUGCUGUUGCAAGGGUUCCACAACUGCCUGAUCAAGACUCAAUCCUAAUGGCAUUUGACGACGCGAAGCUCUCGAUAGUGGCAGUGAAUGAAAAGGAGAGAAAUAUGCAAACGAUCUCCCUUCAUGCAUUUGAAAAUGAGUAUCUCCGUGAUGGAUUCAUCAAUUAUUUCCAUCCUCCCAUCGUCCGAACAGAUCCAUCGAAUCGAUGUGCGGCGUCUUUAGUCUACGGAAAACAUAUUGCAAUUCUUCCGUUUCAUGAGAACUCGAAACGAAUUCUCUCUUAUAUCAUUCCAUUGAAACAAAUCGAUCCACGGUUGGAUAAUGUUGCGGAUAUGGUGUUUUUGGAUGGAUACUAUGAACCUACUAUUCUGUUUUUGUAUGAACCAUUACAGACUACUCCUGGAAGAGCCUGCGUCCGAUACGACACAAUGUGCAUAAUGGGUGUCUCCGUGAACAUUGUCGAUCGUCAAUUCGCAGUCGUCUGGCAGACAGCGAAUCUCCCAAUGGACUGUACCUCUCUCCUUCCCAUUCCAAAACCUCUGGGCGGUGCUCUCGUCUUCGGUUCCAACACAAUCGUCUAUCUGAAUCAGGCGGUCCCUCCGUGCGGUGUCGUCCUCAACUCUUGUUAUGAUGGAUUCACGAAAUUCCCUCUGAAAGACAUGAAACAUCUGAAAAUGACGCUAGAUUGUGCCACUUCUGUGUACAUGGAAGAUGGGCGGAUCGCAGUCGGUGGGCGGGACGGGGUACUGUAUUUGCUGAGACUGGUGACGUCAUCUGGUGGUGCAACUGUCAAAUCGAUGGAGUUUAGUAGGGUUUGGGAGACGUCGAUUGCGUAUUGUCUUACUGUAUGUGCACCGGGACACCUUUUUAUUGGAUCCAGAUUAGGAGACUCACAAUUAGUUGAGUAUACACUGCUGAAAAUGACAAAAGAAUCAGCGAAACGACAGAAAAUUGAGAAAGAUCCCGGGGAAAUUGAGUUGGAUGAGGAUGAUAUGGAAUUGUACGGUGGAGCCAUUGAAAUGCAAUUGAACGACGAUGAGGAACAGAUUCUGGAGUCAUUGGAAUUCAGAGAGUUGGAUAGGUUGAGAAAUGUGGGACCUGUCAAGUCGAUGUGCUUUGGACGGCCGAAUUAUAUGAGUAGUGAUUUGGCGGAGAUGAAGAGAAGGGAUCCGGUUUUUGAUUUGGUAACCGCCAGUGGACACGGAAAGAAUGGAGCAUUGUGUGUACAUCAGAGAUCACUGAGACCCGAAAUUAUUACGAGUUCGAUACUGGAAGGAGCCGAACAACUAUGGGCGGUUGGACGUAAAGAGAAUGAAUCUCAUAAAUAUUUGAUAGUUUCUCGUGUUCGAUCCACUUUAGUACUGGAAUUGGGAGAGGAAUUGGUCGAAUUGGAGGAACAAUUAUUUGUGACGAAUGAGCCGACAGUUGCUGCCGGAGAGUUGUCACAGGGGGCACUUGCUGUCCAGGUGACAUCAACAUGCAUCGCCUUGGUGACCGACGGUCAACAAAUGCAAGAAGUUCAUAUCGAUUCGAAUUUCCCAGUCGUCCAAGCGUCCAUUCAGGAUCCAUACGUGGCAGUUCUCACUCAAAACGGGCGGCCUCUUCUCUACGAAUUGGUGAUGGCACCAUACGUUCAAUUGAGAGAAAUCGAUAUAUCCCAGACGCCAUUUGCCACGUUUAUCGCUCAUAAUGCAGCCACACAACUCACUUCGAUUUCAGUGUAUACUGACGCUUCUCAAAUCAUGAAAUAUUCUGAAAAGAGGGCGGGGCCUAGUGGUGAUUCGGCUGAAAAAUCUGAAAAAUCUGAAAAUUCUCAUCCAGUUGUGAAUAUCAAGAAAGAGGUGAAUGAGGAGGCGUUGUUGUAUGGAGAGGAUGAUGAUUUCUUGUAUGGAGACGCUGUGGAUGAAGAUGACGAUGGAAUGGAACAGAAUGGAGGAGGAGGGGCUGGAAAUGGAGAAACAUCGAAACUGCAGAAUACGAGAAAAAGGAGACGAUUGGGACAUGAUGCAAUAAUGUCGAGUAGAGGAGGAGAACAGUCGGAUGCAAUUGAUCCGACGAGGACUUAUUCGUCCAUCACGCACUGGCUAAUGGUUGCCCAUGACAACGGACGUCUCUCGAUCCAUUCCCUCCCUGAUAUGGAACUCGUUUAUCAAAUCGGUCGAUUCUCGAAUGUUCCGGAACUUCUGAUGGAUAUGACGACGGACGAAGAGGAGAAAGAACGGAAAGCGAAAGCUCAACAGGCGGCGAAAGAGACGGCUGCUGAUGAGGAUCAGUUGACGACGGAGAUGAAGAAGUUGUGUGAGAGAGUCAUGGAGGCACAGAUUGUUGGAAUGGGAAUAAACCAAUCUCAUCCAGUAUUGAUGGCAAUUGUCGAUGAGCAAGUAGUGAUGUAUGAAAUGUUCUCUCAUUACAAUCCACAAGCAGGCCAUCUUGGAAUCGCUUUCCGUAAAUUGCCACAUUUCAUAUGUCUCCGCACGUCGUCUCAUUUGAAUUCUGAUGGAAAGAGGGCACCGUUCGAAAUGGAAGUUGAGAAUGGUAAACGAUACACAUUGAUCCAUCCAUUCGAACGGAUUUCCUCAAUUAAUAAUGGAGUAAUGAUUGGAGGAGCUGUACCAACACUAGUGGUUUAUGGAGCAUGGGGUGGAAUGCAGACACAUCAAAUGACCAUCGAUGGACCUAUUAAAGCAUUCACCCCAUUCAACAACGAGAACGUACUCCACGGUUUCGUCUACAUGACUCAACAGAAAUCGGAGCUUCGUAUCGCCCGAAUGCAUCCAGAUUUCGACUACGAAAUGCCGUAUCCAAUGAAGAAAAUUGAAGUGGGACGGACGAUUCAUAACGUCCGAUAUCUGAUGAAUUCUGAUGUCUACGUCGUUGUUUCGUCGAUUCCGAAGCCGUCGAAUAAGAUUUGGGUGGUGAUGAACGAUGAUAAACAGGAGGAAAUUCAUGAGAAAGAUGAGAAUUUCGUGUUGCCAGCACCCCCGAAAUAUACGUUGAAUCUUUUCUCAUCACAAGACUGGAAAGCAGUCCCAAAUACUGAAAUCGAAUUUGAGGAUAUGGAAGCGGUCACCGCGUGUGAAGAUGUCUCGUUGAAAUCUGAAUCCACAAUCAGCGGUGUCGAAACGUAUCUCGCCGUCGGCACCGUCAACAACUACGGUGAGGAAGUGUUGGUUCGUGGUCGAAUCAUUCUAUGCGAAGUGAUUGAAGUAGUCCCUGAACCGGAUCAACCGACAUCGAAUCGAAAGAUAAAAGUGUUGUUUGACAAGGAGCAAAAGGGUCCAGUGACUGGUCUAUGUGCUAUCAACGGGCUUUUGUUGUCUGGAAUGGGACAGAAAGUGUUCAUUUGGCAGUUUAAAGACAAUGAUUUGAUGGGAUUAUCGUUCUUGGAUAUGCACUAUUACGUCUAUCAACUUCACUCAUUGAGAACUAUCGCCUUGGCGUGUGACGCUAGAGAAUCGAUGUCACUGAUUCGAUUCCAGGAGGAGAAUAAGGCAAUGUCCAUCGCAUCCCGUGACGAUCGUCGUACUGCGAAACCCCCGAUGGCCGCCCAAUUCGUUGUCGAUGGAGCGCAUUUGGGAUUCUUGUUGAGUGAUGAGAAUGGUAAUAUCACACUGUUCAACUACUCACCCGAAGCGCCUGAAUCGAAUGGAGGGGAGCGGUUGACGGUCCGGGCGGCUAUGAAUAUUGGAACUAAUGUUAACGCGUUUUUGAGAGUUAAAGGCCACACCUCCCUUCUCAACUUGCAAUCGGAUGAAGAAAAGGAGUCAGUAGAGCAGAGAAUGUCAACAAUAUUCGGAUCACUGGACGGUUCAUUCGGUUUCGUUCGUCCACUCUCUGAGAAAUCCUAUCGACGUCUUCAUUUCCUUCAAACAUUCAUCGGAAGUGUCACCCCUCAAAUCGCUGGUCUUCAUAUCAAAGGAGCUCGUUCCGCCCGUCCCGCCCAACCGAUUGUAAACGGGCGGAAUGCGAGAAAUCUGAUUGAUGGAGACGUUGUGGAACAGUAUCUUCAUCUCUCACUCUACGAUAAAACUGAUUUGGCCAGGAGACUCGGAGUCGGAAGAUAUCAUAUUAUUGAUGAUUUGAUGCAUUUGAGACGAAUGGCUUAUUAUUAUUAA